UAGAGAGAGCCGAAUUACGACUCUCAAGCAACUCUCAAGCAUUGCUCAAGCAGCUCGAAAAAUUUGCAGUGGAUUUUGCUUCAUUGUGAGAGGAUAUCGAUAUCAGCAACUGACUGACAUUGCGUCUGUUUCUUUGCAAUGUAAAGAAGACCAAGGAUUGGGAAUGAACAUGGCGAAUAUGUUUCUGAGCACGCUCAGUCCCAAGUUUUACGUGGCCCUCACGGGCACGUCUUCGCUGAUCUCGGGACUGAUACUGAUAUUCGAGUGGUGGUACUUCCGCAAGUACGGCACCUCGUUCAUCGAGCAGGUGUCGCUGACACACCUGAGUCCGUGGCUGGGCGGCGGGGACCCGGCGACUGAGGGCGCCACCGCAGGGGCAAACGGCUCGGACGGCUCAGACAACGGCAGCAACAACGGAGAUGGACAGUCGCAGACGCCAGAAUGUAAAAUGUGGAGAAAUCCGUUAAACUUGUUUCGCGGCGCCGAGUACCAGCGGUUUCAGGCGGCCCGAAAUCGAGAACCACUGACGUACUACGAUAUGAACCUGUCGGCUCAGGACCACCAGACGUUCUUCACGUGUGACGCCGACUCGGGGAAGCCCGAGUAUGAAAUCAUGCAGACGGCGUGGCGAGAGCGUAACCCGGAGGCGCGUAUCCGACUGGCCAAGGAAGCUCUGGAGAAGAGCAGUGACUGCGCGGCCGCCUAUAUCCUACUGGCAGAGGAGGAGGGUACGACUAUCCUGGAGGUGGAGCGUAUCCUCAAACAGGCACUGCGCGUGGCUGAGGCCAACUUCCGCAAAACGGUCAUCUACCGCGACAGCAACUCGCCACAGGAGAGUCUGCACAGACGCGACAUGAACGUGCUGAUCUACGUGAAGCGGCGGGUGGCCAUGUGUACCCGCCGGCUCGGCCGGCUCAAGGAGGCCAUCAAAAUGUUCAGAGACCUCCUGAAGGAGUCGCCUCCGUGGAUGUCGGUGCUGAACAUGCACGAGAACCUGCUGGAGGCGCUGCUGGAGGCGCAGGCGUACGUGGACGCGCAGGCGGUGCUGGCGCGCUACGACGACAUCAGCCUGCCCAAGUCGGCCACUAUCUGCUACACGGCCGCGCUGCUCAAAGCCAGGGCCGUGGCGGACAAGUUCUCUCCGGACGUGGCGACCAAGCGCGGUCUGACGGCCGCCGAGCUGGCCGCCGUGGAGGCCAUCCACCGGGCCGUCGAGUUCAACCCGCACGUGCCCAAGUACCUGCUGGAGAUGAAGCCGCUCAUCCUACCCACCGAGCACAUCCUGAAGCGCGGUGACAGCGAGGCCAUCGCCUACUCCUUCUUCCACCUGCCGCACUGGAAGCGGGUGGACGGGGCGCUGAACCUGCUCCACUGCACGUGGGAGGGCACGUUCCGUAUGAUCCCCUACCCGCUGGAGAAGGGACACCUGUUCUUCCCCUACCCCAACAGCACCGAGUUCGCCGACAGGGAGCUGCUGCCCUCGUUCCACGAGGUGAGCGUGUACCCGAAGAAGGAGCUGCCGUUUUUCAUCCUGUUCACGGGCGCGCUGUGCUCCUGCACGGCUAUCCUGGCGCUGCUUACCCACCAGUACCCGGAGCCCAUGGGCAUCGUCGCCAAAACGAUUCUCAGCUGGUCGUACAUGCCGAUCCAGUACGUGCUGGACAAGCUGGAGGCGAUCCUGCCCUCCAACAUCCUCCACCAGCUGUCGCGCGUCUGAGGAAGCCGAGCUCGUCAACCGGGGGCAGACCCAUGGCUGUGUUCCUUUCUGAGCGGCGGACGGCCGGCCGGACCGCGGGGAGGUGAGGUUCCAUCCCUCCCCGGCCCCGCCCGGUCCCCGCCGCUCUGUUGUUAAGUUAUGUGACGCCCUGCUAGUGCGGGCGCAUAGAUACGUUUGAUUUUAGAGGUAUUUUGGUUUGGUUCAGCUAGUGUUUUUAGUUUGGUUUGGUUUUCACUAGAUAUUUUGUACUGAUUUGUUUGAGAUGUUUCUGUUUGGGUCUCCUCUGGACUGGUUGGCGAUGUGGUGGUCCAGUGGUCGCCAUCACCAUUUGGCGCUCGGUGACCGGUCCUACGCCCCGGGCUGGGUCCGCGGCUAGUGUGACAGAUGCCUACAUCAGCCACCGACCAGCUCUCAUUGGUAGCAUGUGUGUGUGCAUGGACGCUGCGGCCGUGCAGCCCAGCCGUGUCCCUCUUUCAUCGAUCCUCCCCGCUCCCUCCGUUCGGCUCUGAGGUAAUGGAACGCUGCCGCCAUCGGAUAGAUAGCGUUAGUACAUUUGUAUUUAGAUGUGGGAUCUCAUAUUUGGUUCCUUCAAUUCCUAUACCAUCACAAGCAAACCUUCCUCGUCCUGUCUCUUCUGCGUUCUUGAGGUGGCUCCUGUCCAAUUCUGAUUAUAUCGUUUUCAGCUGUUGAUUUGUACCAACUUGGCCAUCUGGGUUGGUAUAAAAUCGCAAUGUCACUGAAUAAUGGGCAAAUCUAGGCUCAUCAGGCGAACUCGACUGCCCGAUUUUGACGUAAUCUUUCGUCUCCGUCUUUGCGCUCGACCACUUGUGUUCUCUCUGGUACUUUGGUUUGUCUGCAGUGUACAACUAUGGCACUCAUCGUGGUGUGUGUAUGUGUGUUUGGUGGAGUAAAUCUGUCGUGCAUUUUCAAUGCGGAUAUAAUAAAUGGUGUUUCUGAUAACUUAA